UAGAUUGCCAAAAUGCUUUGGAAUUUUUAACUACUUUAAGGAAAGUCCAAAAUAGAUUUGAGACUGUGAAAAAAGAAGCUGCAGCAAGGGGGAUUCAGUGCCAAUGCAUCAACAAAAAAAACAGCAAGAUUUAGUGGAAGGAAAUCUUCCUGUUUUUGUGUUUCCCACGGAGCUAAUAUUUUAUGCAGAUGACCAGUCAACACAUAAGCAAGUGUUGACUUUAUAUAACCCCUAUGAGUUUGCCUUAAAGUUCAAAGUUUUGUGUACUACUCCAAAUAAGUAUGUUGUCGUUGAUGCUGCAGGUGCAGUAAAGCCUCAGUGUUGUGUGGAUAUUGUGAUUCGUCAUAAAGAUGUUCGAUCCUGUCACUAUGGAGUAAUGGACAAAUUCCGUCUCCAAGUUUCCGAACAAAGCCAGAGGAAGGCUUUAGGAAGAAAAGAGGUUGUGGCCACUCUUCUCCCUUCUGCAAAAGAGCAGCAAAAGGAAGAAGAGGAAAAAAGAAUAAAGGAACCAUUAAGUGAUAGCUUAUUUUUUGAGCAGUCUUUUCAACCAGAAAACAGAACUGUCUCCUCAGGACCUAGUUUACUAACUGUCUUCCUGGCAGUGGUGUGCAUUGCAGCUCUGAUGCUUCCUACACUGGGGGAUGUGGAAUCGCUGGUGCCUCUCUACCUCCACUUAAGUGUGAAUCAAAAAUUAGUGGCUGCUUACAUCUUAGGUCUUAUCACAAUGGCUAUAUUUAGAACAUGAGCAAGGAAUUCAAUUGACUUCUGAAAUCUUUUUACAGAAUGAACUUAUGCACUGCUACUGUAGUAUUCUCAAGGAGUAUAUGUAAACACAAAACGUAUGCCUGAGGUUGGUUUUAGCAGGAAACAGUUCUUUGCGUCUAACGUAAAAGCUUUUACAUAUACUCUUUCAUAGAAAAUCCUGAUCGGUUUAACCAUUUGGGGAGCAUAAAUCAUUAAACGGAUCAUGUCUGUACAUUGUGUAAUGAAUGGAAAGCACAUAAACGUCAAUGUAAUCUAUUUUGAACUUUGUAAAAAAACCUGUUUGGCGGCUAUCCUUGUUUCUCUGUCCAUCUUAAGUCCUGUGUGUGUGCGCGCGCGUGUGUAUGGGUAUGUGUGCACAUGCAUGUGCACA